AAACCUGCUUUCAAGAUCCAAAGAACCCAAAUCCGUCCCUAUCUUUAUCAUGAAAACUAGAUAUUUACCCCCGAAAAAAAGAUAAAACAGACCCACUUCUCUUCUUUAUCUGUCAUCACCCAUACACAUACAUAUGCACCUCUGUUUUAUGGGAAAAUCAGUUCCAUCUCCAACCAAACUCCAGAAUUUCAUCAGGCUCACCUCAGAAAGACUCAACUCCCCCAAAUCCCAGAAGCCCAGAUCCAAAAUCCAGUAUCCUCCCCAAUUCAGUAAGCCGUUGGACAGUUCCGAUCGGACGGCUAAGAAGAUGGAUUGCUCGGAAAGGCGGGACCGGCGGGCCCCAUUGGCCGACGUAGUGUCCGACUGCGUAAAGCGGUGGUUCCAAGACACACUGAAGGAGGCAAAGGCCGGCGAUAGCGGGAUGCAGGUCUUGGUGGGCCAGAUGUAUUACAGUGGGUACGGAGUCGCUAGAGAUGUGCAGAAGGGAAAGGCUUGGAUUACCAAAGCUUCAAAGAGUAGAUCAUCGGUUUGGAAGGUCAGCGACAAGCACCCAGGUUACAAUGCAAGUGAUUCUGAUUCAGAUGAGUCAAAGGGCGAUUUGAAAUAAAGAUCAAUAAGAUGCGUUUGAUUUAAGUGGAAGAGUCUAGGAUUUGAUUCAUAUGAUUAAGGGGUGCUCUUCAAUUGUACCGGUGCCACUGUAAUGUUAUGGAUGUGCUGGCCAGGUGCAGGACCUGAGUGAUGUAUUUACACCAUCCAACUCAUGCAUCAGAUGCGUCACCGCAUAAAGUCCCCAAGGGCAAUACUCAUCCCAAUCCAAAACUGAAGUGGGCUACAGCAAAGGAAACAAGCUAAGAGGGAACGCCCACCCUUCAAUUUCACAGGGGCAGCCUGUUUUUUGGCCUGACCCUUCAUCUGGCACUAGCAUAGAUGAAUGGCCUGAAAGGGACUGGAUUCUAUGCAUACAACACGGUAGGCCUCCCUCUCUAAGCAAUAGUGGGCAUUACCUCUCAACAUGCUCCAUGUGCUAUGGCUCACCUGAUUUCUGAAUCAGGUUGAUGUUUGGGAGCUGGAGGUGUUUUUAAGUGCCGCGUCUGAUGGACGGGUUGGAUUCCAUGAACACAUCACUGGGCCCCACAUCUGGUCAGUACUAAUGUUACGUUAUGGUGGCACCUGUACCCAUUGAGCGUGUCCCUUCGAUGAAAUUGGAGAUCCAGUCCAACUGCUCUCCUACUUUCUUCACUGGGCAUUUGGAUGUGUACGAGUCUUAUAGAUAAAAUAUUAUAAUGAUAAAGAUGGUGUACAAAAGCCACUAAAAUCUGACUACUGACUUCUGUCCAGAACUUUUACAGA